CUAUGACCUUGACUGGUUGAGGGCUUUGGACUGUUGGUUCUACCUCGGUGUAUUCACUCCCUCGACAAAUUGACUUAUCCGGUGUUUUCAAAGCAAUGUCAGUCAAGAGCAAGGUCAAGAAAGAAGUAAACCAAGUUUCUAAAACAAAAUCAAGCAAGCGACAUGCUGAUACCCAAACUGAUGGUAUUCCAAAGAAGACGGGCAAGCUUAGUGAAAAACAGGAAGUAACAAAGCCUAUCGAAGUUGGUGUUUCCAAAGUACACAAAACAAAGCAAGUAAAACAUACACGUGGCAAAAAAAUUGCGGCUCCAAAAGCAUUCUUGGCUAAGAAAGAGCGCCGCCUAUUAAGGUUAAAGUCAAAGAAACACUCUGAAGUAGUAAUUAAACUACUACCAAUAUGGGAACAAUUUCGACGUGAUGAUGUAUCCAAGGAGAAACGAUUUGAAUUCAUCCAAGAAGUGUUGAAAAUCUCAAAGAAAGUCAUACCUGAUUUGUGCAUGGCUCAUGAUACUUCAAGAAUCUUGGAAGAUUGUGUUAAAUAUGGUACAGAAUCACAACGUUGGCAAAUUUUCAGUGAAGUUCAUACAAAUCUGGUGAUACUGGCCAAAUCACGCUAUGCAAAAUUUGUUAUAUUAAAACUAAUAAAGUACGGUGACAAACAGUACAUACUGGAGAUGUUUAAGGCCUUUAAAAAUCGCAUUCAACGUUUAACUCAACAUAAAUUUGCAUCAGAAGUUAUAGAUACUUUAUAUAAUGAUUAUGCCACUGCAUCACAACGUAGUGAAAUGAUUCAAGAGUUUUAUGGGAAUAGACAUGCUCUGAGACUUGGUGAACAUAAAUUAUUCACACUUGAAGAUACUUUAAAAUUGCAUCCAGAUAAAAGUACUGUAAUACUUGACAAUCUUACUAAGAUACUCAUCAAUUUGGUAUCAAAGGGUCUUAACAAAUACAGUAUUGUCCAACACUUAUUAUUAGAGUAUUUACGAAAUGCUGUAUCAUUUUCCAAAGCAUCGUCACUACCUGUUAAUGUGAAAGCUAGUAUAAAUACAUCUCAACCAACCGAAACAAUUGUACCAUAUAUAGUUGAUGAACCAGUUGACUGUAAAGAUGAGGAUGCUAUUCCUAAAUCGUUCUAUGAUAAUUUUACGACUUUGAUUGAAAAUUUAAUCGAUGGUCAAAUAGUGCCAAUGUUACAUACUCGUGAUGGUGUUCGUGCUGCUUUAAGAAUACUUUGGGCAUGUAGUCCUCAGAAACGUAAGAUUUUAGUUAAAGGCUUGAAAACCUGUGUACAAAAUAUUGCGUUUAAUGAACAUGGACAUCUUUUUAUCAUUGGGUUAAUCGAUUCAGUGGAUGAUAUUGUAUUAUUGCAAAAAACAAUAUUUCGAGAAAUAUUAGACGAUUUAGAAUUGUUUGUCAUGCAUCCUAAUGCACGUAAAGUAUUACUAUAUAUGUUAUCUCCCAGGGAUCGUCGUCAUUUCUGUCCUCAAUUGAUUAAUAGUAUCUUAGUUCCAGGUGAUACAAAUAUUUAUACAAAGAAAUUACUUGGUGUACGUACAAUGGAAAUGCGCCAAUCACAAUCAAUGAUGUUACCAGCUUUACUUAAUUUAGUUAAUGAUAAAUUGGUUGAGUUAUUUAUUGGUGAUUCAUUAAGUGAAAUGGGUCUAUUAACUAGUAAAGAUUUGGGUCGUCUUGUACUUUUGAGUGAAAUUCUUGAUAAAAGCGCUCCACAUAAUUUAGAUGUAGAUAUUGUACUGCCAGCGUAUAAAAGAACAAAUGAUGAUACACGUGUUCAAUUUGGAAAUUGUACCAUCUCUACAACAGAUUUAUCAACUUAUAAAGCAUCAAGAAAAUUAGCUUUAGAAAAGCUUGUUACACAUAUUUUAAUACCGGAAUUCAAUCCAACUGGUAGUGAUGAUGAUGAUGAGGAGGAGGAGGAGGGAAAAACUCGUCCAAAACAACAUCAACAACCACAGAAACGAAAUCAUAAUGAUUUACGUUUAUCUCGGCAUAAAUUAGCAGUUUCAUUAGUUGAAGCUUAUUUAGCUAAACAAAAGAAUCCAAAAGUCAAAUCAUUUUUCACUGGGAAAGAAUCAUUAUCCGAUAAUGAGGAACAAGAGAAUAAUCAACAUAUGUCUGUCGAUGAAACAUUUACAAUGAAUCAAUCUAGUUCGAAACCAUUUAUUGAACGACCUGAAGGUGCAUAUCUGAUACGUCGUUUAUUACAAAUGGAGAAAACGACUAAAGAUUGUAUGUUUUAUUGUUGUUUAUUAACAUUCUAGGUUACUAGUAUCAUGUAAAUGAACAUAUUUAUUUUGUUAUGUUUGUUUAGUCAUUCAAACUUUGAUUUUAAGUGAGAGCUGUGAAGUUAUCUAAAGUAUGUUGUAUAAAACUGUAAUUUCGCUCUCUUUACAUGUAAACACACAAUAGACGUAAUGUAUGUUUUGAAGAAGUUGAUUAACAUAGCUCAAUAUUAGUUACAGUUGCAUUUAUUCUCCAGGUUUACCCUGUAGAUGUUAUCGAGUUUUGUUUUAUUGCCUAAUUUAAAUUAUUCUCAUAUUUGAUUUUCCAUCAUAUUUAAUAUUAUUGCUCCUCUUAAUUUCAUCUAUUGUUUUGUUGAUGUGCAGUGUGAUGGAUUUUGCUGAUACACAUUUGUGGUACAUUCUAUUCUGAAUGUAACUAACUUACUUAAUUGUAGGUUAUAUUCAUUAGAGAUUAAUCUCGGUGUAGCAUCGAAAACUAUAAAGUAUUUGACAGUCGUUUCGUCCUUGUGUAGGAUUCCUUGAUAGUAUGCACUAAUAACCCUCUUUCAUGGAUUGGACUCAGGACCUUCAGGUACCUUCAGUUGUACCCCGACUGAGAUCAGUCUGUGAUGAUUACAACUUGUAAAUUAAACCAAUCUCAACCGGAUCUAUUCACGCAAACUAUCCUAGUCACCUCACUAGCUACUAACCUCAAGUUAUUCCUGGAGAUCUUGUGAGAAGUGGCGACUGGUGGAGUUUAGGUACACUAAGCUUGAAAUAGUUGUAAUCAGUAUCACUGAAUAACCGUUCCGCUGUAUCUCAAAUCGAUUAACGUUGAAAUUGCACUAUUGGAGAUUGACCCAGAAUGUCUAACGGUUAAUUUUAUUAUUUAUUUAUUUUAACACAUAAGUAUAGGUACAGGGAGGCACCAAAUACAUAUGCGCCACACAAAUCUCAAUUGAUUUGUGUGAGGGCUGUGAUACUGCCCGGGUGCCCAAACCGAAACAGGUGGUUUUCUUAGGGGGCCACACCCCGAGCCUUCGACCUGAAGAUCUGACCCACAAGGCAGUGGAGCAUCGUAAGGAGAUGCAGUCCCAUGGUAGCCGGUGACCAACGAUUGGUUCAUACGCCAUUUGUUCCCGCAGGAUACUGGAGCCCAUGUGCACCAUUGGUUUGGGAUCCGGUUAAAGCGCCAGACAUUCGAUUUUCGUCCUCUCAUUUUUUUAAACAACACCCCCGCCACGAGAAGGCAGUGAGUAGGACUUCCCUGGCAGAGGCUAUAUACGCGUGGCCAUGUGAGAGCAUUUCGAGAGGGAGAGUGGACUUUCCCCACUCUCGGCCGUACCAGGGCAUUUGGGGGCGUCUAACGGUUAAGGGUCGAUCACAAGAUCUAAUUUCUUAGACGUGAUACCUUCCGUGGUAAUAAUGAUGUGGAUUAUUGUAUUUCAAGUAAACUUUGGCAGGCAUAAUUGAUUUAUUCAUCAGAUAAAAAUGGUCGAAGCAAAAAUAAAGCGUGGGCUAUAGGAAGAGAAGCCGCUUUUACUUUGCGAAUCCCUGCCUUUACGUCUGCAUGCGAUCCUCCUUGCUCAUCGAUGAUGCUUACCAGGCACGUGAAAUAUUCCACAUUUUCCAGAGCUUCUUCAUCAAGUGUGAUUGGUUUGGUGUUCUCUGUUGCUUUUUGCGCUCUGUAUGUUGAAUCCUAGUGAUGCAUAGGUUGUUGCUACAUUGGUUGUCUUGAUCUUCAUUUGUUUGUGUGUAUGGGCUAGUGGGGCUAGAUCAUCCGUGAAGUCUAAUUCCUCUAAUUGAUUUCGAGCUGUCUAUUUUAUUCCAUGCUUACCCUCAGAUGUGGGAGUCUUCACAAUGCAGUGAACCAGUAGAAGAAAGAGGAAGGGUGCGAGUAGACAGUGUUGUCUGACUCCCGUCCUUACAUGGAAUUCAUCUGUCAGCUAUCCUCCACGCACGACUUUGCAGUUUAGUCAGUUGUAGAACCAUUUAUUGGCAGGCAUAAUUGGAUAUUUGUUUUGUUUAAUCAACUGAUUAAACAGAGAUCUGUUAUCAAUUUGAAAAUAAGGAAAAAUGUCCCACUUGUUGUUUCAUUACUUAUAAAGUUUCGCAUAUUAUAUUUAAGGACAGAUUUCCUCUGUUGUUCUCUAUCUGUGUGUGUAUUUUUUUUGAAAAUAUUUUUGUCGAAAUAGUUACUUUUGCUCGACUCAUUAUGAAACUUGUCCCAGCUGAAAAUUUUCAAUCUUGGAUCAAAUGUAAUCGUACUUGUUACAUUCUAGUAAAUCUGUGGGAACUUGGUGAUGCAAAGAUUUGUAAUACACUCAAAGAAGCUUUGAAUCCUGUUGUAGAAACUCUGAAAAUAUCACCUUUAUCUGGUGCUAAAAUUUUGUACAAUCAUUUAAACCAACAAUAAUUUCUAUUUUAAAAGUAAUUUUGUAUCUAAA